AUGUUUAAUGUUCCUGUGAAUGCACCCUUGAGAUUUCUCUCUCUUCCCUCCACACAGAGCUUAGAAGCAAAGUUAAGAGACUCAUCAGAUUCUGAGCUGCUGUGGGAUAUUUUACAGAAGACUGUGAAGCACCCUGUGUGUGUGAAGCACCCGCCGUCAGUCAAGUAUGCCCGGUGCUUUCUCUCAGAACUCAUCAAAAAGCACGAGGGUGUCCACAUGGAGCCUUUGGACGAGCUGUACGAGGCACUGGCGGAGACCCUGAUGGCCAAGGAGUCCACCCAGGGCCACCGGAGCUAUUUGCUGCCCUCAGGAGGCUCCGUCACACUCUCUGAGAGUACAGCCAUUAUCUCCCACGGCACCACAGGCCUGGUCACAUGGGACGCUGCCCUCUACCUUGCAGAAUGGGCUAAGAACCCAGCAGCCUUCACUCACAGGACUGUCUUAGAGCUUGGCAGUGGCGCCGACCACACAGGCCUGGCCAUCUGCAAUAUGUGCCGCCCCCGGGCAUACAUCUUCAGCGACUGUCACAGCCGGGUCCUCGAGCAGCUCCAAGGGAUUGUUCUUCUCAAUGGCCUCUCAUUAGAGGCAGACAUCACUACCAACUUAGACAGCCCCAGGGUGACAGUGGCCCAGCUGGACUGGGACGUCGUGACGGUCCAUCAGCUCUCUGCCUUCCAGCCAGAUGUUGUCAUUGCAGCAGACGUGCUGUAUUGCCUAGAAGCCAUUGUGUCGCUGGUCAGGGUCUUGCGGAGGCUGGCUGCCUGCCGGGAGCACAAGCGGGCUCCUGAGGUCUAUAUGGCCUUCACUGUCCGCAACCCAGAGAGGUGCCAGCUGUUCACCACCGAGCUAGGCCGGGCCAGGAUCAGAUGGGAAGCGGAAGCUCAUCAUGACCAGAAACUGUUUCCCGAAGGAAAGCACUUGGAGAUGGCAAUGCUGAACCUCACACUGUAGGACUCACACACGACUCCAACGGGAUCGUGAGAAUCAAGUCACUCUCGUGGGAAGAAUUUUUAUAUGGGAAAGCGGAUAAAACUUUCAUUGGACUGGAAUGUUUGAAGAAUGUUAAAUUCCAAAUCAGGAACCACAAACUGCCCUCUAAUAAGACAUCGGCUA